AUGGUCACCCAGCUGAAGGCCGGGAGGAAGAAGUUGCAGGAAGCAAAGGAGGCGGGGACUAACUUGCCUCCCGCAGAGCUUGAAGACCUGGAGCGGCGUGACAACUUCCUCAAGGAGUACGAAGCCCUUGGCUUGUACAACCCACGCAAAACAGAGUUGUUGCUCCAGUGGAAGCAGGACAAGUCCCUCAAGACGUGGGCGGAGGUAGACUCGUCCCACAGUACCUUCACUCGUGGGACCGACCGCUCGGAGAAAAGCUACGGGACCCUGUACGACGUGGCCAAAAUGAUGAAUCUGGACCCCAGCGACAAGAUCCAGAAGAAGUUGCUCAACAAGGCCUUGGCCAAGCUGGACCAAGACUUUCUGUGGGACGACACCAACCCCUUGGAGGCCGUCUACAAGGAGGAGGAAAUGGUGCGCUACUCGUGGAAGAAGAACAUGGGCCAGCUCAUGGAGAGCGGCGUCGAGGACGCUGAGAAAGUCCGGGCCACUAAGGACGCCGCCAAGAAGCUCGCCAAGGGAGGCAUGCUGACAGAC